UCGCUUCGGCUCGGCUCGGCUCUAACCAGCCAGUGCCAGUAGAAGGAGAUAGGCAUCUGCCUGGAGCGGUCGCGUCGUGUACGACGGUGUAUUUCGCUUCGGCUCCGCUCGCCGCCCUCUCGCGUCUCGUUCCGAAGGCCCCGGCGGCCAGCGCGGAGGACAUUCCACGGCACUGCAGCGGCGAUCUGCAGUGUUGCCAUUCGGAUUGUGCGAUUGUUGUUAGUGCCGGUGCCUCGUCGGGAUCCCAUCCUGUGCAGUGUUGUUGUUGUUGCCGCUGCCGUGUCUGCGCUGCUGCUGCUGCUACAAGUGUGAGGUGUGUGUGUGUUUGUUGCGUUGUUUUGACACAACGCGGUUUAGCUUCCGUGAUUGAGUGUUGAGUGCCGGGAGUGCUUGUCGUCGCCGGCCCGAUUGUCCUGUCGUUUGUCGUGCUUGACACUUGACCGGGACCGGACGUGUGCCCGCCCGACCCGCUCGGGACAUUUGGAUUUUUUUGCCACCGCCUGGAGUACCUCUCCACCGCCGUUGCGGUCCUCUGCAGCCAUCGCCGCUGCCGGUGACCGAGUCCGUCACCAUCUAUACAGUUUAAAGGCGCAUCAUCCGUCACGUCAGCGCCAUGCAGUGUGAGGUGUGCUCCACAAAGUGCGCCUCAGCGGGGGCUUUACGAAAGCACAUGAAGACGCACUCUAAAGAGGCAUUCGAAUGCACCGUGUGCAACAAGAAGUUCCCAAGGGCACUAGCUUUGGAGAUGCAUUUGCACAUUCACACAGGAGAGAGACCAUUCGAGUGCACCGUGUGCCACAAAAAGUUCAGCCAAUCCGUACACCUGCCAAUUCACAUGCUCAUACACACAGGACACAAGCCGUUCGAAUGCAAGGUGUGCCAAAAGAAGUUCAGACAAUCCUCCACUUUUCAGACACAUCUGCGAACCCACACUGGUGAGAGGCCAUUUGCGUGCAAUGUGUGCCUCAAGAAAUUCACAACUACUAGUGCCUUACGACGUCACUUGAAAAUUCACACGGGAGAGAAGCCAUACGAGUGCACGAUUUGCCAUAUGAAGUAUUGUCGUGCCGGUGGGCUUAGGUUACAUCUGAGAACCCAUACCGGGGAAAGGCCAUUUAAGUGCACUGUCUGUGACAAAGCUUUUAAGAAGUCUGAUUGGUUGCGAAUCCACAUGCGGAUGCACACAGGAGAAAAGCCCUAUGAGUGCACCUUGUGUCAGAAAACGUUCGCACAGAGGGGCGCCUUGACCACUCACAUGCGCACUCAUACGGGAGAGAAACCAUUCGAGUGCAUCGUGUGCCACGCAGUAUUCGCACGAUCGGGCGCAUUGAAAUCUCAUUUGCGAACUCACACUGGAGAGAAACCAUUUGAAUGCAGUGUAUGCCACAAGAUGUUGGGGAGCUCAAAAUCUUUAAAAUAUCACUCGCGAACCCACACUGGAGAGAAACCAUACGAAUGCAGUGUGUGCCACAAGAUGUUUGCAGGCACAAACGGUUUAAAAUCUCACUUGCGAACCCACACUGGAGAGAAGCCGUAUGAGUGCGCCGUGUGCUUAAAAAGUUUCAGGGUAAGUAGCACCCUGAAGAACCAUCUACGCACCCAUACCGCAGAGAAACCAUUCGAGUGCAGCGUGUGCCACGCAGUGUUCGCACAAUCGAGCGCGUUGAAAUCUCAUUUGCGAACUCACACUGGAGACAAAACAUUUGAAUGCAGUGUGUGCCACAAGAUGUUUGCUAGUUCAAGCGGUUUAAAAUCCCACUGGCGAACCCACACCGAAGCCAAGCCUUAUGAGUGCACCGUGUGCUUAAAAACUUUCAGGCAUGGUAGCGGCCUUACCACUCACAUGCGCACCCACACGGAAGAGAAACCAUUCGAGUGCAGCGUGUGCCACGCAGUGUUCGCACAAUCGAGCGCGUUGAAAUCUCAUUUGCGAACUCACACUGGAGAAAAACCAUUCAAGUGCAGUGUAUGCCACGCUAUGUUCUCACAGCCGAGCGCGUUGAAAUCUCAUUUGCAAACUCACACCGGAGAAAAACCAUUCAAGUGCAGUGUAUGCUACAAGAUGUUCGCGGGAUCAUCCGCAUUGAAAAGGCAUCUGCAGGCCCAUAUGGGAGUGAAGCCAUACGAUUGUCUUGUGUGUCACCAAAAAUUUGCUGAUCCAAGGAGGCUUCGAAACCACCUACGAACCCACACAGAUGACAAACCACUGUAGUGAUGGAUCUGUGGUGAGUUUUGCACGAGGGGUAAAUAACUUGGUGAUAGUGUCGUACACUUUCCCUGAAAAUGGGUCGGACUUUCGUGUCUCCCAAAUCUCUCACAGUCAGUAAUCAUCUGUCAGGAUUAGUCAGGAUUAUGUGCCCCGCAGGGAUGUUUUAGUGCGGCCAACUGUGCAUUCAUUAUGCAAUAUUUAAAAAAAAAUGAACGUUCUAUUUUACAUGGAAAGGUAUGUUGGAUCAUCUUUCGUGUCGUGCCUUUUAAUCAGUUUGUUUGACGAAGUAUUUGUCACAUUAACUAAAGAGUCAAUCAUCUUUUUAAUCGAGGGGUGUGGAACUAGCCUGAAAAGUGUACACAUGAUUGUGUCUAGACAAUGAUUGUUUCAGAUUGUGUAUGAUCGUGUCAAACAUUGCCUCUGAUUGUUUCAGAUUGUUGGUAAAAUUUGGAGACAUAUUUGGAAAAAUUGUCAUGAUUGUUUACGAUUGAGUGUGAUUGUUUCAGGUAGUGUGUGAUUGUUUCAGAUUGUGUGUGGUUGUCUCUGUUUCAGUAGGAUAAAAAUCACACCCCUCGUUUUAAUCAUUUUAUCGAAGUAGAUAAGGAUAUUUGUCUUGUUAACUACUGAUUUGUUUAUCUUCUAUAUUUUUACAAUUUCUAUCGUUUUUCGUUAUUGCCUGAUAAAUGUACGCUCAAUGUCUUAAAAUAUUUUGUAUGUAAGUAAAGUAAAAAUAAAACGAGAUUUUCAUUUUAAACAGGUUCAAGGAAACAUUCUACAAUAUAAAAUUUGUAGCAACUGGCUGUUC